AUGAGGAAGGAGGUCCUCACCCUGGCCUUCGCCCGCGCCGUCUUCGUGGAGUUCCUCUCCACGCUCAUCUUCGUCUUCAUCGGGCUGGGCUCGGCGCUCAAGUGGCCCUCGGCGCUGCCCUCCAUCCUGCAGAUCGCGCUGGCCUUCGGCCUCGCCAUCGGCUCCCUGGUGCAGGCCUUCGGCCACAUCAGCGGCGCCCACAUCAACCCGGCCGUCACCAUCGCCUUCCUCGUGGGCAACCAGAUCUCCUUCCCGCGCGCCCUCCUCUACGUGCUGGCCCAGCUGGUCGGGGCCAUCGCCGGCGCCGGGAUCCUCUACGGCGUCACCCCGGCCAACACCCGCGGCAACCUGGCCGUCAACGCCCUCAACAACAACACGACGCCGGGGCAGGCGCUGGUGGUGGAGAUGAUCCUGACCUUCCAGCUCGCCGCCUGCAUCUUCGCCUCCACCGACAACCGGCGCGGCGGCGGCGGCUCCCCCGCGCUCUCCAUCGGCCUCUCCGUCACCGUGGGGCACCUCGUGGGGAUUUACUUCACCGGCUGCUCCAUGAACCCCGCCCGCUCCUUCGGCCCCGCCGUGGUCACCAGGAGGUUCAGCCCCGCACACUGGGUGUUCUGGGUGGGCCCGAUCCUGGGGGCCUGCCUGGCAUCGCUGCUGUACUUCUACGUGCUGGUGCCGUACUGCAUGGCCCUGUCCGACCGCCUGGCCAUCCUGCGGGGCACCUACGAGCCCGAGGACGACUGGGAGGAGCAACGCGAGGAGCGCAAGAAAUCCAUGGAGCUCACCCCGCCUUAGGGAAUUCCGGGGGCCCGGGGGGGGCUCGGCAGUGCCGGCUGAGGGCUGGAAAACCCCUCUGAGCUCGUCCAGCCCCACCCGCCACAUCCCCGGCUUUUAUCCACCACUUCCCGGGAGCCACGGCCGCGGCAGAACCUUAAACCCGCGUCUCCUCAAGCCCAGGGCCGGGCCUAAGGCAGGCGGGGGUGUGUAAAUACCCCCCUUCCCUCAUGAGUGUGAGCGUAGACCCCCCUCCAGCCCCCCCAGCAGAGCCCAGCACCGGCCCCCGAGCCCGGGGCAGCCCCUAAGCCGAGCUCACCCCCCUCCUCAGCCGGGUU